AUGACUCCAAGACGUAAUUCUGUGUGUAGUCGCGGUGAAAGUCGAAAGCGGCAAAUUUUUCGAGAGCAAGUGCUACCAGCGUUGGGUGGCAAGAUUCCAGAGGAAGCUUUCAGAACAGAUCGCCUGGCGCUGAAUCGAUUGAACAAGGAGGGUAUUACCGUACCGGACGGCGUCGUCUUGGAUGCUCGGCACGUUCACAAGCAUCCUUAUCCCAAUCAAAGAAUGCCGGAAAUAAUUAAGGUUUAUCUAACAUCGGACGGUCGAUACGUACCGCCGGAAGGUCGAGCUCAAUAUAAUUACCCGAAAACUGUCGACACCACUUACAUUUUACGAAGACCAUUUAUGCACACGAAUCACAAGACAACCAACAAUUUUGUCAACGUCAAACUUGGAAACUAUCCGAAUUAUAAACAAUUUCUGCCGAUCGCACCGCCCAUCAAACCGGGCGUUUAUAAGCCUAUCGUAGCGCCUCUCGUAUUUCCGGCUGACGGAGAUCUCAUUGAUUUAUCAAGCUGGACGACGGGAUAUGAGUGGGACACCGUAUACCAACCGUUUGACGAUUACUUUGUCGACAAUCUCGCACUCUUCGACUCGCACCAGAUUAUUACAGAUUAUCAAGGAUUUCUUAAUGAGUUUCAUGGACGAUCUCUGAGGCACGUAGAUUUGAAAAAUAGCGAGAGAAAUCAACAGUAUUGCCAGGCUCGAAAAUAUCAAGAAUCGAAACUACCGAUGUCGAAUGUCGACAAUCCUUACGAUUCUGCCUAUACAAGUAUUUCACUAUUGCUCAGAUUGGUCGAAAACAUCCUCACUAUGUCCACCAGGCACUGCGUUUUGCGAGACAAACAACCGAUGCGAAUGGUUCUAUACCGUACAGUGCAAAAACACGGCCUCACAGCGGAAACUGGUCCAGUUUCGUUCAUAUUCAAACUCGGUGCAGUCAUGUUGAGAAGUCGUGCUAUAUUUGCGAUAUUUCUGUGCGCCGCUAUGGCAGCGCCCUAUUCGAUCAUUGUACAGGGACGUAUAAUAGUGGACGAUUAUUAUGACGAAUAUCAAAAUUUCCAACCGGUAGUGGGAUUUCGCCAACCCAUUGUCGUAAAAGAGGAACCGAAGAAAGAUCAGAAUUUGAACAAGAUACCUGGAAUCCCCGGAAUAGAUUAUCCCCUUUAUCACACAGUGCCGCCUACGAGCUUUUCCUGCGCACACGUUCCAGUCGUACCAGGAAUGUACGCAAACGUGGAAACCGGUUGUCAGGCAUAUCACGUUUGCCACGAUGGGCGUGAGGGGCAUCAGGGCGCCUCCUUUUUAUGCACCAACGGAACGCUUUUUAAUCAACACGAAUUUGCGUGCGACUGGUGGUACAAUGUUAAUUGCGCCAAUGCGCUAUCUCUUUAUAGGGUAAACGAAGACCCACUAAAGAAUCCGUAUGUACCAAAAGAGACAAAGGACGCAAUUCGGAAAAGAUUGCAGAUCGUCGUACUUUAAAUAUUAAUUAGCUGCGUGUAGCUGAUAAGUUUCAUCUACGACAUUUCUCUACAAGCCUUAUUUAUAUUUGUUCGUGUGUCUCUUGUCAAGAUUAGUAAUAAAAGAAUAAAUACAGGAAUGUUAAUACUUUAUUUACAAUCAACAGUGCAAGUUAUUUCUCCUUGUAGCACGAUAAAUAUUCCAUUUCAACUUGUUAAAAUGACAUUCCCUGCCAAUGGAGGUAGUUUAUCAAUUGCAUUCGUCGAGGAACGAAUAU